AUGACCUCCGAUAACGAAGCAAACGCCUUCUCAGCCUCAGUCAUCCCCGGAGGUAUCCAAACCCCCGGCCAGGCCCCUUCAACCAUCCCCAAGAAGGGUGUCCAAGCUGCCGGUGCCCACAGCAAGGUCAUCGUUGUUUUCAAGGCAGACACUCCCCAAGCUGAGAUCAAAAAUGCCGAGGACAGUAUCAUUGCCCAAGGAGGAAAGAUCACUCACAGAUACAACUCGGCACUCCUCGGCUUCGCCGCAGAGCUCCCCGACAACAGCUUCCAGGCCUUGAAGGUCCACCCCAAGGUCGAUUACAUCGAGGCCGACGGCGUCGUCUCUGCCUAUGUCGGGUCCAACAUUUAA